UAGUACUGGUAGGAGAAGGAAGACGCAAUGAUGGCGACCGCGGCAGAAGAAAUAUGCCAAAGCCCAUGUCCCAUUUCUGAGCGCCAUGUCACGACUAUGUCCAUCAAAAUUACGCGGAAAAACCAGGAUAAACCCUGGAAAUUGAGAUUAAUUUACCUGCAGUGCUAUUUUAUGUCAAUUGCAACCAUACUGGGAACUGGAAUCUUAGGACUUCCUGUCACAAUAGCACAUGCAGGACUCAUGCCUUUCCUGGUCUCCUUUAUAAUUGGUUUCUUUGUGCAGGCUCUCCUCAUAUACCUCUUUGUUGACCUGCUCCAGCGAUGCCAAGUUGUCCAGAUUGAGUCAUUGAAGACUACAGAGACAGAGCGAAUUCUAAUGCAAGACGUUGGAUUGGAGGAGCCUGCUCUCACUAAUACAGAGGAGGCAGAAGAGGAGGAGGGGGAGGAGGGGGAAGAAGCAGACACAGGCCUACUGCAGCAGGACGCGGACAGGCAGACUCUGGAGGAGAAGCUACAGCCUAAUCUCCAUGUGUUGGGGCUCCUCUUCCUCAGCAAGCCUAUGAGCCAUGCCUUCAACUUCAUCCUGCUCUUCCAGUUUGUGUCUAUUGGGAUCAGCUAUGUCCUAGCUGGCAGCGAGGCCUACGCCGCUCUUCUACAUGUGAGCCAUAUCUAUGUCAUCCCUGGGUUUACCUGGACGCUCUCUCUUGGAAUCCUGCUGGCUCAGAUGGUCAUUCAGCCAAUCACGUCACUGCUGACCCUCCUGAAAGGCAUCAUGCUGAUCAUCACAGUGGCCGUGACAUUUGCUGUGGGGUCAGAAGUUCAACAGGAGACCACAAAUGACUUCAGCCAAAUUGGUAAACCUUUCCUAAUGGGCACCGUUGCACUGGGGGGGAUUGUCAACGUGAUGCCUCUCCUGUUCUCAGAAAUAUCUCACAACAAGACACAGAUAAUGUGGUUCAGAAGAGUCAUACUGGGAGGACUAGCCACAUGCACCGUUCUGAAUAUAUUAUGGUGCUGGGCUGUUUUGGAGAUCGUCCCCCAGAUGUCAGUUCAGAGGGUUAUGGAGGAAGGUGUGGUGAACACUACAAGUGGUGUCAUCUCUGAGUCCUCUCCAACAGCCUACUCCAUGGUCUACUCCAACAUCUCCCUGGAGGAGUCUGAGAAAGCAGGAGAGAUUGCAACAAUCCCACUGACUAAGAUAAUCAGUCUGAAGUACCAUCACUACUCUUGGGUGGCAGAGCUGAUCCAUAUUUUUAUUGCUAUCAGUAUAACAGUGUCAUUUCUGGUGAUGGGAUCUGCCAUGAAGCACACAAUUGAUGGACUUGUGAACUCACACUGGAACACAAAGUUGGAAUCGAUGUCUAAAGUCUGGGAGAGGACAUUACCACAGAGCUUCCACAGAUGCAGUUCAAGAGGCCUUGCCAAUGGGCUCAUAUCUCUGCUUGCAUUUGGAAUCAUUUUUAUUGUCUCUUCGUGUGAUCCAAGGGGAUUUGUGGUGAUGUUGGACAAAGUGGUGUCUUUCUCUUUGAACACUGAAGUUGGGUUGUUCAUCUUUGUGAUGCUGCGAGCCUCCAGAUCAGAGCGAUUUCAACACCUGACUGUGCCUCUGCCCGUGGGCCAGCGGGUCUUCCAACUCCACUGGACCCUGCCUGUUUACUUCCUGUUCGCUGUGGCCUACGAUGUCAUCCAGAGCAUCGUAGAGAUAGCAGAGCACAAUUUACAGCACUCCUCCCAACCUCUCCUCGCCAACUCUUCUCUGAGCUGAGCACUACUGUGAAGGAUAGACGGUAGCCACGAGCCUGGGAGCCGUGUGGUGGUGAUUACAAUGCUGUGUUCAUUUGCCCAUUCAUGGACUUCAUGCAGCUUCCUCUCGAACAUUAACAGCAUCAGGGAUGUCUCCUACGGUCAACUAUUUCAUGUACUGUAAAGGGCUCGAUUCAAUUAGAUCCGCUUUAGUCAACAUCCGCAUAGCGGUUGUUUUGGCGGUGGCAGAGAUGGAACUGCGUUAGCUGUCAAAUCCAAAAAUGGCUCCAUGCAUUACACCUAAAGUGGACAUUGCCAUUGGCUGCACGAAGUCGCAUUAACAGAAAUCCAGCCUUGUUUACAAGUUGGAACACUGGAAUA